GAGCUCAAAACUAAUGUUGGUCAUAAUAACUAAAAGUAUCUCAAGAGUCUUCGCUACAAAUUGUAUUGGAUUAAGUACAAAUUAGCUUUAGAAAAUAAAUAUGAAUAUAAAUGUCGAGGACCUCGAGAGUUUUUUGAAGAACGUUGACAAAAUAAGUGAUCUGGUGAAAGGUCUUAGCUCAUCUGAUGUGGAUGUCCAGCAGAGAUCUGCAGAGAAGGCUGAUCACUACAUAGCUGCUUUGGAGGACAAGGAGCCAUGCAAAACACGGAUCAACAAAACCAGGAUCAACACCAACACCUCACAGCCAGACCCUGCCUCUCAGACAGGCAUACAGGAUUCCAGUAGAUGUCCUGGGGGCUUCCUGAAGGUAAUGGAGGAGGAUGCUGCGGAGAGGAGCAGGACGAGGAAGGUGAACGAGAUGAAAGCCAACGCUCUGAAGCAGAAGGGGAACGAGGCCUUUGCGCUGGAGGACUACGAAGCGGCCGUGCAGCACUACAGCGCUGGGCUGGAGGAGCUACGAGACAUGCAGCCCCUCUACACCAACAGAGCACAGGCCUACAUCAAGCUGGGGCGGUUCAAGCAGGCCAUCGAGGACUGCGAGUGGGCCCUGAAGUGUGACGAGCGCUGUGUGAAAGCCUUCCUGCACAUGGGCAGAGCACGCCUGGCCCUGCGGGACUACAACCAGGCGAGAAGUAGCUACCGGAUGAUGGUGGAGAUAGAUCCAUCCAAGGCAUCCAUGGUUCAAGAGUGUCUCUUCCAGGUGGACCAGGAGGAGCAGAGGGAGGAGCAGGAGCGCCAUGCGUGGGAGGAGAUGGAGAGGGGUGAGGAGAAGGCCAGGAGGGUGCCCCAGCUGCUGGAGAAGCUGUCCAGGCCUGAUCAGAUCCCUCUCUACUACUGCGGAGGCCUGCAGCUGCUGGCACAGGCCAUUACAGACUGUUCUUCCCAGACCGUGUUCCGGCUCAACAACGGCUUCAGUGUGGUCAAUGCCAGCCCGGCUGUGAGCAGGUGUCUGUCUCAGCGCUGGACAGACCCUGGUUCUCAGGAGCUGUGUGCAGCGCUGCUCCAGCUGUGGAGGGUGGUCUGUGACGGCAACGAUGAGAACCACAAGCUGCUUCUGGGAUGCCGGUCCUCCAGCCUCUCCAUUGUGCUCUCAUUAGCAUCACACAACGAAGCGGUGGUGGGAGGAUGCCUGGAAUUGCUCUGCUCGCUCUCCCGGACUCGGAAUGGGAGAAAUCUGGCCAUUGACAGCCUGAAUUUGCACAUGUUGGCGGCAGGCCUCGUGGCGUGUGUAUCCAAACAGACGCUGCGGGACUCGAGAGCAGCGCUGACGGUCCUGCAGAACUUUGCAUUGGAAAACAAGUUUCGCUUGCAGUUAAGAGCUACAUUCAACACUUCAGUUGGACCCCAUUUUACCAGCAUCCUGAGAAACAUCACGCCAUCCAAUCGCGGCGUCCUCCCGUCUCUCCUGUCGACGAUCGACUGUAUGGCCAGCGAUGACGUCAUCCGUCAGGUAUUGGCCGACGGGGGAGGGUGCUGGGAGUCCCUCCUCGUCGCCAUGGAGCGAUGUAGCUGCUGUGAAUACAGAGAGGUCCUCUAUCCACUACUGGGCCUGGUCAUCAAGCUGUCCUCCAGACCCUCUACCGCCAUGCAGGAACAUGCUGUUCCUCUCAGCAGAGGGUGUGUGGACCUGCUGACAGAUACUGAUGGUGGCAUCAUCACCAGAGCCACGGGGGUGCUGAGUGUGGUCCUGCCCCACAGUCCUGCAGCAGUACAGCUGGCCGUGCAGGCGGGCGUGGUCAGCACCAUGAGGAGGCUGCUCAAGAGCUCAGGACAGACCUCCACCAGGUUUGCCAUCAAGACCCUGGCUGUGUGCACUGCUGCCAGCACGCCGGCUCGCCAGGAGCUGCUGGCCGCUGAUAAACGGCUGUCUGUCCUGCGCGGGCUGCUGUCCUCCAGGCCAGAGGAGGUGGUGCUGGGGAACGCAGCCCUGGUCCUGGCCCACUGUGUGGGGGAGGAGGGGGCGGCCUCCAGCCUGCUGGGGACUGACGUGGUGCUGCUGCUGCUGCGCCUGGCCGGGGGGGACGUGACCGGGACCUCCGCCCAGCGCAACGCUGCCAUCGCCCUGGGGACACUGUGCCGGGCUGAGCCCAGGCACAUGGCCAAGCUCAGAGAGCUCCAUGGACUACAGAUCCUCCACUCCUGUAUGAAGCUCAUCACAUGAACACAAUCACCACUCAUCCCUUUCUCUGUGGUCGGCUCGCUCUGCCUGGCAGAGCGUCUUGGCGGGGGCCCGUCUUUGGUCUCCUCUACUCUUCAGUGCGAGACGAAAGACAAAGAGAACAAACUCCCUGGCUGUCCUCGGCGACAGCAGCAGGCGUGCUCCCAGAGAUGAACGACACCUCUCAUUCAACUUAUCACUCUUGUAUUCCUGCCUCAGGGCCCUUGUGUUCCUGUAUGAAUGGGGCUCUAUUCAUCGCAACACGGUGUCACGCUCACAUACUUCCCCUGUGUUCUUCUCUAUAUUCUGACGUCUAGCUCAAGGACAAUGUGUUUAACACCCAUAAAAAAAUGGCUUUCCAUAUACGUCAUGGAACAUUGCUGGAAAAAUGUCAGCGUUCUUGUUAAUCCCCAACCAUCACCACCACUAAAAAAGCCUGUGCCAUGUCUCACAGAUGAAGUGGAACUUGUAGUGCAGUUUCAGAGAAGGUUAAAGAUGCGUUGGAGGCUAAUUUAAUUAUUAUUCAAAUGAGAUUCUGGCCUCUCAGCCGUGAUUCAUAAACAAGGUCAUCCACUUUGUCUGAGAAGGGCUUGGUUGCUUCCUGCGAGCAGAUGUAGUGCUUGUUGUUGGUAAUAACUACAAAUACCAGAAGGGAACACAGGUGGGUGUUAGCCAUAUGUUAUCUGUACUGUCAUCUUUGUUAAUUAGACUGUUUUUAAUAUUUAACACCAGCACAGAGAUGUUGAGAAGUCUGCAUGCUGCAUCAAGAGAGUACACUUGUUACUGUUCAACCUAUAA